AUGGCGGCGGCGGUCAAGGUGGAGGAGCGGGACGGGGGGCGCGCGGAGGACCGGCUCACUCUGGCCUCGCCGACCCCGUCGUCCGCGUCCGAGGGCGGCAGCUACGGCGCGCUCGCAAGGAUGUCCCCUUUCGGGUUCGGGUCCAGCCCGGCCGAGGCCAUGUCCGGUCGUAGGUACUCCUCCUCCUCCUCCUCUGUCCAACUGUCCGAUACUCUGCUGUUCGGUAAUCUUACAUAUAUCAGGCGAACAAGUGGCCCUGUAAGAAGAGCUAAGGGUGGCUGGACACCGCAAGAGGAUGAGACGUUGCGAAAUGCGGUUAAUGCUUUCAAGGGUAAAAAUUGGAAGAAGAUAGCUGAAUCUUUCCCUGAUAGGACAGAAGUACAAUGUCUACACAGAUGGCAAAAAGUUCUUGACCCUGAACUUAUAAAAGGACCUUGGACCCAAGAGGAAGAUGAUGCCAUUAUCCAGAAGGUAAAGGAGCUUGGGGCAACAAAAUGGUCCAUUAUAGCAAGAUCACUACAUGGUCGUAUUGGUAAACAAUGCCGAGAGAGAUGGCAUAAUCAUCUGGAUCCGCAAAUAAAGAAGGAAGCUUGGACUGUUGAGGAGGAGCGUGUGCUUGUGAAGGCCCAUCGUUUGCAUGGUAAUAAGUGGGCAGAAAUUGCAAAACUUCUUCCUGGAAGGACAGAUAACUCAAUAAAAAACCAUUGGAACAGUUCAGUGAAAAAAAGGCUAGAUGACUAUAAUACCGGGGCUGCCCUUCCAGCUCCAGUACAUGUCAUUCAUAAUGAUGUGAAACAGGUAGCAAGGUUGCUACCUUCUGAUAACCAUAUUGAUUUGAAUAAAGAACCAGAUAUCAGUUUGCGAGACCGCUCGGUAAUAGUUGGUCACUCUGACCCUACCCAUAGUCCGCAGGUAUGCAGUCUCAAAAAUAUCAAGGGCUGCUCAGAUUUUCUCUCUCUUUCCCUGCCAACUGCUGAACCAGUAACUUCACGUGAGUCAUCAGUAGCUGAUGAUUCCGCUGCUGCGUUAGCAAUAAUGGGGCUGAAAAUGGUUUCUGGUCACGACAAGGACAUGGAGCUAAACUUUGUUUCUGAGAAGGGUCUGGAAAUGAAUUUAUUAAAUGAGAAGGUCCUCGAGACUGAUCACCUAACAAAUAAAUUGGAACAUUCAGGACCAGCUAAGUCAGAAGGUGGAAGAGCCUUCUUUGGCUCUCUUUGUUAUCAGAUCCCUAUGCUAGAAGAUACGGACCUUGUUCAUUCCCCAGUUUUCUCAAAAUAUUAUGGACCGGAACACCAUGAGGAUAAAUUUCAGACACCCAGUGGUUAUGCUACUCCCUCUCCCACGAAUAAAAUAAAAUCAGAUCAGCUAAGCGUUGAGUCAAUAUUGAAAAGUGCCGCUGAAAAAUUCCCAGGCACUCCUUCAAUACUAAGGAGAAAAAGAAGGGAGAAACCAACACCUGCGCAAGAUGGUGACUUCAAGAUUGAUAUGAACAGUGAUACUUUCGACACUCCGCUAGGAAUAUGCAGUACAGAUAGCCCACAUUCAUAUAAAACUGCAGCAUUUUUGUCCUUGGGCCAUCUUGAUGACCAACGGCUGCCUGCUGUUUUGGGGAAGUUUGAUGUUUCCCCUGCAUAUCGACCAAGGUCCAAAAGAAUGGCUGUCUUGAAAACUAUCGAGAAGCAUCUAGAUUUCUCGUCUGAUGCAAUGGAUAUUUGCGAUACUGCCGAGAUUAUGAAAUCUGCUUGCCUGAAUUCUGAAAGCAUCAAUGCCAGCACAGAUAUUUCAAGCAUGCAAAAUAAGAAAAUGGAGGGGCAUAUUAUCGGAUUGGAGACUUUAACCAGUGAUUUUGCUCAUACAACAAAGUUAGAUGCAAUCUAAUUCUGCUGUGCUCAGAAACAGUUGACAGUCUACCGAAGAGGUCAAGAACACCCCAUGCGUCUCAACUGACUGUUGUUCCUAGACUCUCAUAGACAGCAUUGACCAGAGAAACACAAUCUUGCAGUUUUGUUGAUCUAUCGGGUAGAAGAAUCAUUUACCUCGCCAUCUCUCCUUGGUGGGGUGUAUAUUCUAGUGAUGCCUUUUGCGACAGGAAAAAUAUGGCUACUUGCAUUAUGUGAGCUCACAACUGUAUUUCAGCCUUAGAAGGAGCUCAAAUAUAUAUAAAAAACCAUAGCUUUAUAGACUUACAGUUCAGUAAGAUUCCUUAUAGUGCCAUUCAACAUUCCUUAGACUCUCUGCCGGUGUGCUCUACAGCGACUAGUAAUUAUCUCUUCUCAUUUUGUAACUCUCACGGCUUUGGGUUGGAAUUUAUAGUAGAAAUGACAUGUGCCUGCUCUCCUUUUUUGGUGAUGAA